GAGGGUAUUUUAGGGCCCAAAAUCACAAGAAAUACAUUGCAAAAUGCAGGAAAAUCAAGAAAAACAUGUCGUGUGAGCGAGACAGCUUAGUACACGUGGGUGUGAAAUAUAUCUUUGUUUCACUUUCUCCUCAAUCAAUUGUCGAUAGUUAUCGAUAGUUGAAACAAUCGAUACUAUCGGUGAAUGCUUCGUCGCCUGCUGAAUGAGCAAGUGUAGCAAACACAAAGGAUUUUGCGACAAGUGCUCAUUUGAGAGGCGAUUUUAGUAAAUUUUGUGGUCAACACGGAAUUUUUUCCUCAAAUUGCAAAACAAUGACUCCGCAGAGGGGCGGCAAUUAGCACCCGCGUUAACUACCGCAAGCAAUGUGUAAAGUGUAUUUUGUUGAAGUGUUCUUGUUUUUAUUGACAACGUACGAAAAAAAUUAAACAAGUUAAAAUGGCGGAUCAUCCAAAUUUAUCAAAUCGCUCGAGAUUCAGCAAGAUGGAUUUCGGCCCUAAUGCCAAUGUUGUGGACAGCGAGAGACGACGUCAAAUGCUGAAGCUGAGCUUCCAGCAGGAUGAAGCCCUGAAGCCCGUAAAACCCACACCGUUGCCGGAUAGAACGAGGGACAGGAUAAAGCUGCAGGCAACGGGGAAGUUGCAAUUGACACCGGGCGAGGAGUACGAUUUCACGUCGGAGGAUCUCCAGGAUUUGGGUGAGAUCGGACGGGGUGCCUUCGGAGCAGUUAAUCAGAUGAUUUUCAAGCGUACCAACACUGUGAUGGCUGUGAAGCGAAUUCGGUCCACUGUGGAUGAACGGGAACAGAAGCAACUCCUCAUGGAUCUCGAGGUGGUCAUGAAGUCCAAUGAGUGCAACUACAUUGUCCAAUUCUACGGUGCUCUCUUCAAGGAGGGAGAUUGCUGGAUUUGCAUGGAAUUGAUGGAUACAUCGUUGGAUAAGUUCUACAAAUUCAUCUGUGAGCGCCAAAAUCAGCGAAUCCCAGAGUCCAUUCUGGCCAAAAUCACCGUGGCCACUGUUCAGGCGCUCAACUAUCUCAAGGAGAAGCUGAAAAUCAUCCAUCGCGACGUGAAGCCGAGCAAUAUUCUGCUCCAUUCGCGUGGCGACAUUAAACUUUGUGAUUUUGGCAUUUCCGGACAGCUCGUGGAUUCAAUUGCGAGAACAAAGGACGCCGGAUGCCGGCCAUACAUGGCUCCCGAACGGAUAGAUCCGCAGAGAGCGAAGGGCUACGAUGUUCGAAGUGAUGUGUGGUCUCUAGGAAUAACCCUGAUGGAAGUUGCCACGGGAAAGUUUCCCUAUCCCAAAUGGGGAUCAGUCUUUGAGCAGCUCUACCAGGUCGUCCAAGGAGAACCGCCCAGCUUGACUACCUCCUACAAUGGGAUGGAAUUCUCAGAGGAAUUUGUAGCUUUUGUAAAUACAUGUUUAAUUAAGGACGAAAGCAAUCGUCCAAAGUAUAGCAAAUUGCUUCAGCAUCCGUUCAUACAGCGUGGCGAGAGGAGUCACACGGAUGUGGCUGCCUAUGUGAGCGAUAUUCUGGAGUCAAUGGCCAACAAUGGCAUCACACCAUUCACCACCAAUCAACCGGCUGAAUGCUGGAAUAUAGAAUGACUGGGAGCCGGCCUUUCGCCAAUUCGAUAGGAUAUGCGAAAUGCUAUAAUUAAUUACAUACCUAUAAAAUGCGUGUUGAGGGGUUGUGGGAAGAACUAUCCUUUCCUUGCUCUUCCGGCGUCUAUUACUAAACAAACAAACAAAAAAUUCUCUCCUUAGAAGGAAGACACAUUUAAAGAAAAAAAAAACACGGUUUUCUCCCAAAUUUUCAAAAAGAAAAAAAAAUAGAUAAAAAGCAACAGCAUGCAAAAUGAGAGUGAUUUUGGAUAAUAUAAAUAAAAACUAAAUAAAUAAAUUAUUCUAGUGAGAACAAUUGCAACACCUUUCACAGUUUUUAGAAGUAUAAAAAACAUGAUAAACAAAAUAGCUAUUGUAAUCUUUAAAAGAUAAAAAAAAUACAUAAAAUACACACACUUUGAGAGUUUGAGGUUUAGGUGAAAAAAAAAAACCAACAUUAAAAAAAAAAACAAGUAGAUGAAGAAUUAGGAGUUAAAAAAAACAAAAUAUAUAAAAAAUGAGCAGAGCGCAAAAAAAGUUGCUAAAAAAGAUAAUUUUUCCUCACAAUUGGUUUCAUAUUAAUAAAUGGAAUUUCUUCCUUCUGUUGCCUUUCUUCUCUAUCUUAGUUUUCCUUCUUUUUUUUCCUUUUCAAAGAGACUGAGAAUCUCUCCUGAAUGCUUCUUUGGGAGAAUUCUCGAUUUUCUCAAAGAAAAUAUUCCUACUUUUCCCCCUUUUUGAUCAAUGCAAGUUACUGUAGUUACUUAAUAGAGAAAGAAAAUUUCAAGAAGAAAAUAAAAUGAACUGAAUGUUGGAAAACAGACGAAAAAAUUAACCACGAAACGACGUAGCGUCUCAGGAUUAUUUUUUGAGUUGUUUUUGUAGAUAAAAUAAUUCCCAAAAUUUUGGACAUCUCACUAAUUUUUCAUAGACGCGAAAUUUUUGUAGAGUCAGUGAGUAAAAAAAAUAUUUGACCCAGACAAUAAUGAAAAAUGAAAAAAAGUAAAAAAUUGUAUCCUCUUUAAAUUAUUUUGUUGAAUAUCAUGCAAAAAAACACGGAAACAUUCGAUCUGAAAGAAUCUUGGUGGCAAAAAAAAAAUAGAUAAAGAAAAUAAUAAAAUAGAAAUAGAAAAAUUUUUGUCUGGAAUUUUAUUUUUCAAUUUUUAUUUUAUACUUUAUUGUUUUUAAAUUUAAAAAAAUUACAGCAAAAUAUAUUUCAACAUAAAUAGUGUACCCUAAAGUAAAAAAAAAUAAGGAAAAAAUAUUGAAUAAGAUUGUGUAGGAAGAAAUAAAUAAAAAAAAAGUUUUAAUAAUGGAGCUUAUUAAAAUGAAAGAAAAAUUUUGAAAGUUAUUUUUACACAUCAAUAGGAAUUGUGUUAAAGUUUAUGUAUUUUUAAUUGGCAUUCCUAAAAUGAUAAACUAUGUAAAAAAAGUAAUUAAUUAAAAUAAUAUAAAACAUAAGGAAGAAGUAAAAUAAAUAGCACCAUAAUUUA